AAAAGGAUGAGUCCCAGAAGGCAAGAUACCUGACCCGCGAUAGCGGACGCUAUAUAAGGGGGCUAGAUAUUUUCUCGCUGAAUCGGCGAGAGGAUAAACCCUAGCCGCCCCCAUCUUCUUCUAAAACCCCCGUAUCCAUCUUCCCAUCCCCCUUCCUUUCGAUCCCCGAGCGACUUUUCUGAAGAUCCAAAUAUUUUGGAGGGGAGAUGGCAUUCUGCAGCAAACUUGGUAAUCUGGUUAGGCAAGGGGUUCUGAAGAAUGGUGCAUCUAGUGGAUCAGUUCCUACGAUGCAUUUGCUUAACUCAACCCGCUAUAUGUCAUCCACAAAGCUUUUUGUUGGUGGUCUUUCCUUUGGUACUGAUGACCAAACGCUUAAGGAGGCAUUUAACUGCUUUGGAAAUGUGACUGAAGCGAGGGUCAUCACUGAUAGAGAAACUGGAAGGUCAAGGGGAUUUGGGUUCGUAAAUUUUGAUAGUGGUGAAUCUGCCAGUGCAGCUAUGUCUGGCAUGGAUGGCCAGGAACUGCAUGGACGGAACAUUCGUGUAAGCUAUGCUAAUGAUAGACCCACUGGUGGGUUUCGUGGUGGUUUUGGUGGUGGAUAUGGCGGCCGCAGUGGUGGGUAUCAGGGGAGUGGUGGCUUUGGUGGUGGAUCUGCAGGUCAAGAUGACUUUGGUGGGGAUUCUGGCAGGGGUUUUUGAAGCUUUUAUUGAUGAAAACCUAAGGUUAUGCUGCUUGCUUUGCAAGUCUACGCAAGCAUUUGUGGGUUCAUUAAGCUAGUUUUGUUUGAGACUGAAGCAAGUCAUACUUAAAAGACUCUGUGCUUUGAAGUACUUGAGUUAUGCCGCUAGAAAUAAGGAAUGGAAAUCUACUUGAUUUGUAGCACAAUUUUUUUGGUGCUAGUGAUUUAUGUUUCAUAAGUUUGAUACUUAAUGGAAGUGUGAGGGAGGAUCUGGGAAAAAUCAGUUUCAUGAGAACGAACUUUCGAAGGUUGCAUAGCCGGUUGCAUUUGUUUUAAUUCUAUAAUGUAGGACAGCAUCCAGAUUCUUCACUA